CCGACGCGCGAUCCCACCGCGCAUCGACGCUCCUUCCGCGUCCUCGUCCGCGUCCGCGCGCUUCGCGCCGCCCGCGGUCGUCGCCGUCGCGUCGCGUCGCGUCGCGCGCCCGUCGAUCGACGCCGCGCGCGCGUCGUCGUCGUCGUCGUUCAACCGCCUUUGAGCGCUUCUCGCGCCCGACCGAACCGCGCGGGCCGUCAUGGGACGCGGCGGCGAGGCGACCGUGUCCGGCGGCUCCGGCUUCGAGUGGGACGUCAUCGUCGUCGGCGCCGGCGUCGCGGGCGCGUCGCUCGCGUACACCCUCGGCAACGAGGGCCGCCGAGUGCUGCUCCUCGAGCGCGACCUCAGCGAGCCCGUGCGCAUCGUCGGCGAGCUGCUCCAACCCGGCGGGUACCUCAAGCUCAAAGAGCUCGGCCUCGCGCACUGCGUCGACAAGAUCGACGCGCAGAAAGUGUACGGGUACGCGAUGUACAAGGACGACGGCGAGGCGCUGGUCGGAUACCCGCUCGAGGGGCGCGGCGACGACGUCGCCGGGCGCAGCUUCCACAACGGCCGGUUCGUGAUGCGUCUCCGCGAGGCCGCGAGAGGGUGCGAUAGAGUGGAUCUACGGCAGGCCACGGUCAAGAAGCUCCUCGCGCAGGACGGCGCGGAGUGGACCGCGGAGAGCGGCGGCGUCAUCGGCGGCGUGCGAGCGGCCGUGAAGGACGGAGGCGAGGAGCGGUCGUUCAUGGCGCCGCUCACCGUCGUGUGCGACGGGUACUUUUCGUCGUUUCGCAAGAAGCUCACGCCUGCCGCGUCGCCGGUGUCGCCGUCCACGUUCGUCGGGAUCAUCAUGGAGGGCAAGCCGGAUGAUUUGCUCCCGCGGCCGGGGCACGGGCACGUCAUCCUCGGCGACCCCUCCCCGGUGCUGUUCUACCCCAUCAGCAGCAAAGAGGUGCGGUGCCUCGUCGACAUUCCCGCGCACGUCAAGAUGCCCUCCGUCGCCUCCGGCGCCAUGGCCGCGUACGUCCUCGAGAAGAUCGUCCCGCAGGUCCCCGAGAAGCUCCGCGCGCCGCUGACCAAGGCGGUGAACGAGGGCAGCUUCAAGAGCAUGAUGAACAAGACGAUGCCCGCGCAGCCGUCGCGCACCCCGGGCGCCGUGCUCCUCGGCGACGCGUUCAACAUGCGUCACCCGCUCACGGGCGGCGGCAUGACCGUCGCGUUCAGCGACGUCGUCACGAUGAAGUCCAUGCUCGCGCCGCUGCCGUCGUUCGAGGACGACGCCGCGGUUGGCGAGCGCGUCGACGCGUUCUACGCGCACCGAACGCGCCCGGCGUUGACGAUCAACACGCUCGCCAACGCGUUGUACAAAGUUUUCUGCUCGUCUGGCGACGCGAGCAUGGAAGAGAUGCGCCGCGCGUGCUUCGAGUACCUGCGCCUCGGCGGGUCGAUGUCGUCCGGGCCGAUCGCGCUGCUCGGCGGGCUGGAGACGAACCCGCUGAAGCUCGUCGCGCACUUCUUCUCCGUCGCGCUGUUCGGCGUCGGGAGGCUCAUGGUGCCGUUGCCGACGCCGGGGCGGAUUUGGAAAGGGUGCAACCUGCUCGCGGGCGCGGUGAAGAUCAUAGCGCCGAUCGCGUGGGGGGAGGGGAUCGUGCGGAUGUUCGUCCCGUCCGGGAUGCGCGAGCGGUGGGGGUACAUCUGAUGUUCUGAUGUUCUGACGCGACGCGGGGUGAGCGCGCGUCGAACGAGCGAGCGUUUGCGAAUGCGAGUGAACAACCAACUAUGAUCGUG